GGGGGGGGGGGGGGAUUAUCUAAUGGAGAAGUAAAGUGGGGCAAAAGAUCUAAAUUCCCGUCAUUCGAAACCUAUGCGAAAAAUAAGAAUGAGCUCUAGCCAAGAGUAUUAACCAAAAAAGGAGAAGAAAAGUAGAUGAACACUGAAAUGUACUCCCUCUGUUCCAUAAUACUUGUCAUGGUUGUUGUUCAAAUUUGAACUAAAACCACGGCAAGUAUUAUGGAAUUGAGGGAGUAGUUAGGUUUCGGUAGGAGAAUCUGGAAAGUAGUCUUUGUAUAGUCUAAAAAGCUCUAUUUCUCUAAUAGGACGAAUUACAUAGUUUAGGUACAUAACCGCCAUGGCGUGGAACAUUCAAAAGCAGAUAUUAUGUGCUGGGUAUGUAGUAAAAAUAAGUCCAUUGCCGUCAUGUGAUGACGAUGAAUCCAAGAGACUUUGCUUCAGUAACUAGCAAGGACUCAUUGCUAUGCUGUAGAGGAGUAACAAUCAGGAAGAGCGAAUGACUUUGCAUAUGUAUAGACCAGAAAAACGUAGCCAUUACAAAUAUACCCAUCAGAAAAAUAGUCGUUAGGUCCACAGCCGUUGAAAUCAUAGCAGUUACAAGUAUAUUGUUGUUUAUAUGAUAUCAAUAAAAUAUAGAAUAGUGGAAUAUGGAGAGUGAAAAAUGAAGAGUCCACUGGAGCAUGAAGAGAUAGUGAUAGGAAAUAUUUUGAAGAGGCUCCCUGUACGAAGAUAUGGAACACUCAAAAGCUUAUCCUGUGGCCAGGGAUAUGUGAAGAAGAGCUACGACCUACGGCUGGCAGUGAAAGAGGUUAUAUGUGAUAACCAAACCGAGCGUCAAAAGUAUGAAGAGGCGAUUAUAGCUAUUACAGUGGAUGAAUCUUUGAAACGCUACUGCCAAAGGAUAAGGCGACCUGAUUUCUGGGGUGGAGAGUCAGAACUCUUGGUUUUGUCUAGACUGUGCCGGCAACCAAUCAUUAUUUACAUUCCGGAGCGUGAGUACCGCGGGCGGGGCAACGGGUUUAUCCCAAUUGCCGAGUACGGGUUGGAGUUUACCAAAGACUCUAAAGAGGGGAAGAAAAGGGUGCCGGUGAGACUGUUAUACAGUGGGAAGAACCAUUACGAUUUGCUGAUAUAAAAUGGGCACAUGAGAUAUGCCCCGACCAAGCAUCAGAAUACCGGCAGCCACCGCCCAUCUGUGGCGCAUACACAAAUCCCCGUUUUCUUUCCAUGGUUACAUCCUUCGAUCCUGCUAAUUAAGCUCCUGUUUGUCAGUUAUGAUGCUAUAACCGCUGUUUCGUCGAUCACAGUGAUGGGCAUUUGGGGAAUUUAUGGAUUUGGGGCUAGAA